GCCGCCUUCUCCCCGCCCACGGCCGCACGCGCAUGCGCAGUUAGCAGUCGCUACUGGGCGGCCGCCGGCGGGAUUGCUCUAGGGAGACGCGGGGACCAAGUGGCAGCGACUCGGACAUCUGAGCUGCCACUGCCGAAAACGGGCCCGCAAGACAGAUAAUCAAUAUGCGUUUCCAAGACUUUUGGCUAUGUUUGGGUCUUCUUUUCAUCUCAAUUAAUGCAGAAUUUAUGGAUGAUAGUGUUGAGAUGGAAGACUUUGAUGAAAAUUCAGAAGAGAUUGAUGCUAAUGAAAAUGAAUUCUCCUCAGAGAUUAAAUAUAAGACACCUCAACCUAUAGGAGAAGUAUAUUUUACGGAAACUUUUGAUAGUGAAAGGUUGGCUGGGUGGGUCUUAUCAAAAGCAAAAAAAGAUGAUACAGAUGCGGAGCUUUCUAUAUAUGAUGGAAGAUGGGAAAUAGAAGAAUUGAAAGAAAAUCCAGUACCUGGUGACCGAGGACUGGUGUUGAAAUCUAGAGCAAAGCAUCAUGCAAUAUCUGCUGUAUUAGCAAAACCUUUCAUCUUUGCUGAUAAACCUCUGAUAGUACAAUAUGAAGUAAAUUUUCAAGAUGGUAUUGAUUGUGGAGGUGCAUACAUUAAACUCCUAGCAGACACUGAUGGUUUGAAUCUGGAAAACUUUUAUGAUAAAACAUCCUAUACCAUUAUGUUUGGACCAGAUAAAUGUGGAGAAGAUUAUAAACUUCAUUUUAUCUUCAGACAUAAACAUCCCCAAACUGGAGUUUUUGAAGAGAAGCAUGCCAAACCUCCAGAUGUAGACCUUAAACAGUUCUUUACAGACAGGAAGACUCAUCUUUAUACCCUUGUGAUGAAUCCAGAUGACACAUUUGAAGUAUUAAUUGAUCAGAUAGUUGUAAACAAAGGAAACCUACUAGAAGAUGUGGUUCCUCCUAUCAAUCCUCCCAAAGAAAUUGAAGAUCCCAGUGAUAAAAAACCUGAUGAUUGGGAUGAAAGAGCAAAAAUCCCUGAUCCUUCUGCUGUCAAACCAGAAGACUGGGAUGAAAGUGAACCUGCCCAAAUAGAAGAUUCAAGUGUUGUUAAACCUGAUGGCUGGCUUGAUAAUGAACCGAAAUUUAUUCCAGAUCCUAAUGCUGAAAAACCCAUUGACUGGAAUGAAGACAUGGAUGGAGAAUGGGAGGCACCUCAGAUUUCUAAUCCAGAAUGUCGGAUUGGGUGUGGUGAGUGGAGCCCUCCCAUGAUAGAUAACCCAAAAUACAAAGGAGUAUGGAGACCUCCAAUGAUAGAUAACCCUAACUACCAGGGUAUCUGGAGUCCUCGAAAAAUUCCUAAUCCAGAUUAUUUUGAAGACAGUCACCCAUUUCUUCUGACUUCCUUCCGUGCUCUUGGUUUAGAGCUUUGGUCCAUGACCUCUGAUAUCUACUUUGAUAAUUUUAUUAUUUGUUCGGAAAAGGAAGUAGCAGAUCGCUGGGCUGCAGAUGGCUGGGGAGUGAAAAUAAUGAUAGAAAAUGAUAAUGAGCCUAGUAUAUUCAAACAGUUGAUGGCAGCUACUGAAGAGCGCCCAUGGCUUUGGUUCAUUUAUCUUGUGACAGCAGUGCUUCCAAUAGCAUUAAUUACUUCAUUUUGUUGGCCAAGAAAAGUAAAGAAAAGAUAUGAAGAUGCAGAGUUCAAAAAACCAGACAUAUGUAAACCACAAACAAAGGGAGCACUAGAGCAAGAAGUGAAGGGAGAGAAAGCAGCCCUGGAGAAACCAGUGGACUUGGAAGAGGAAAAACAGCAAAGUGAUGGUGAAAUUCUUGAAAAAGAAGAGGAAGGUGAACCUGAGGAAAAGAGUGAAGAAGAAAUUGAAAUCAUAGAAGGACAAGAAGAAGGUAAUAAAUCAAAUAAGUCUGGAUCAGAGGAUGAGAUGAGAGAAGCAGAUGAGAGCACAGGAUCUGGAGAUGGGCCAGUAAAGUCAGUACGCAAAAGAAGAGUACGAAAGGAGUAACCUGUAUUCAAGUAUUUUUAAUUCCUAAGAGAGAGAGUUGGCAUUCUCAAGUCGGUGUGCCAGAACUGAACUUGAGUCAAUCUGCACAUCCUGUUUCUACUAUCUAGCAAUGUUAUUCUUUCAGACGUUUAUUUUAAUCUUAUUUUUCAGAAAUAAAAAACUUUGAAGUUAACCUGGUGUUUGAAUUUAGAAUAAAAGAAAAGUGGCACAUUACAUGUCAAAUUUUAAGAGAUUAAUAGCAUUAGAAGUUACACAGUUUUAAUAGUUUGGAGAAAGUUUUGGUUUCUACAGAGCAAAAUAAUAUGCAGCAACUUCACUGCUAUUGGAAGAAUCAGUUAUUGGAAUUUCCCCUUAAACGGCUAUACUACAGUAUAACUGGUAGUUCCAUAGUAUAAUUAAGAGUGAGUUCUGCUGUACAGAGCUAAAUGCAGUAAAGUUUCUGUAUGGUUGUUUGUUUCUGUCAACAAUUGGAAGUGUUGCAUGUGACCCACAUUUACCUACUUUGUGUCAAAUUAUAGUUACGGUCCAUUGUUCACGUAAAUUAUAGAGUCCUUUCAAGAGGUGCUUUGUUGACAGACAAAUCAACAAAACUGAAAUGUCUAUGUGUCAUUCAUAGAAUCACUGGUCAGUAGUGCAGCAUACUUGCAUUUGAAUACAGAGAUAAGAGGUUUAUCAAAACGAAAUGGUGUACAGAUUUUUUUGAAGCUGUUACAGUUGUUUUAUGCCAGAAUGGCUUACUCUAUUUACAAGAUUGCUUAUGCCUACAUUGCUCUUGGAAAUAAAAUUUAAAUAUUUUUUCUUCUUUAAAUGAUACCCUCUUUAGUAGGUAAAUUAUGAUUGGGGAGUCUUUCUUUUAUCUGAUCAUUAAGAGACUAAUGGCUAAUCUCAGUCAUCAUGCUUUGUAUUUUUAUCUUUUUUCCGACAAAUUCAAAUCUAUUGUCUCAUCUAGCUUCAAAGCUGCCUCUAUGGUAGACUAUUGCUCCUCUUUUUAAAACACAGUUGACCCUUGAACAACAGAGGUUUGAACUGCGUGGGUCCACUUACACACAGAUUUUGUUUUCAAUUAAUUCUACAGUACUACACGGUAUGUUGAAUCCUCUGAUGCAGAAUCUGCAGAUAAGGAUGGUCAACUAUGGGACUUGAGCAUCUGUGGAUUUUGGUAUCUGCCAGGCGUCCUGGAACCAAUCCCCCAUGGAUACCAAGGAACGACUGUAGGUACCAAAAGUCACAGAAGUACAUUAUAGUAGAGCUGUAUUAUUCCAUUUAACAUAUUUAAGAAUUUUUCAUGUUUGGGUGACAGACCCUUUGGAAGGUGAUCUAAAUCUUUGAGACCAUGGAACUACUUUAAUACCAACUAUCUAGAGAACUCUAUACUAGUUGGGUAAUAUUUUGGAUUCCUUCAUGGACAUAUACAUCCCAUCCUUGGGUAAGCCCGCCUCCCGUACAUCCCCCUCCCCAGUAGUACAUUUAAAGCUUAUGUAUAAGGAAAAGGAGCCUCUAGCUUCUCCUCUGACAUAAAGGAAGCCAAACACAGCCAGUAUAGCCACUAUUCACUCCUUAUUUCAGGGAGUGAACUGAAAAUGAAAAUAAGUGCUUUAUUCCAUUGCUGUGUUCUGAACUUUCCAUAAAUUAGUGGUGGACAAUCUUAAUAUGUAGUUAACCAUACUUUGUAUUUAUUUAAUGCUGACUAAACUUAACACAUCUUGCAGGGACUCCCUUUCUUGCUUUGUAUUGGGAAUGUCCAAGUGAACUAGACAUAUUGAAUGAUUCUAGAUGAGAAUGUUUCUGAAAGUAAACUACUACUUCAUGAGAUAAAUCCUUUCUUAACUUUAUGGAAAACUUCUUGCCGACAAGUGUCUUAUAUAUGAUCAUUUUUUUCUAAAGAUUAUUAAAGCUUUUUUUACUUUCUUGGUUGCAGAUUAAUUUUAACUUUCACAUUUGGUUAAACUCCAUGAGCUUGUAGUGGUAAAAUCUGCCUGAUAGGUUUAAAUUUGUGUAUUAGAUCCAUGCAGUAGACAAAGCAUAGAGUCUUCUUUAAUAACGAAAUGGCUUUUUCCUUUUACCACUGUAAUGUGACUUUAUUGUUUAAAACGAUUUAAGUUUUAUCCUUUCCUCCAAUAAAGGAGAAAAAUAAAUGAAUUUUGCUCUUUA